UUUAAAUGGAUUUUCUUCUUCAAAAGCAAUUCUUCCAUCCUGAUGUAGUAAGCAAGAAGAAGGUGUCUAGAAGUGUGGACUCACACUUCUUGUCAGCCUAUUUUUACGAUGAGAAGGAGCAGCUCAUCUUCAUAGCACUUACUAAUGGAAGCCUUGGGUACUGGAAAAAGAAAAAUGUCGAACAAAAACAAAUAAUUGAUAAAGGCAAAGACCCUGAACUUAUUACACUAGAGAGCAAAUAAGAGGCAUAAAGGAGAGGUCAGCUGACUCCUUUACUGUAAAAUCUCCGGCCUUGAUGUUCUUAUUAGUGGUUCUGCUGAUAGAACUAUUAAGUUAUGGGAACCUAAAAACCUUAAGUCUGACCCAUGCUUUCAGACAGUGAUUGGAUGUGGAGGUACUGUGAUGGCAAUGAGAUAUAUUGAAAAAACAGAGAUCCUUAUUAGCUCCUCUACUGAUAAGACUCUCAGAAUUUGGCGGUUAGAUAAAGCAAGAGAGCUUUUGAUGUACCCUUGGUUUGUACCUCUUCAAAUUAUCAAAGAUUUCACAUCUAUUAAUCCGACCUCAAUUGAUAACAAUGUAUGGGUCACUUGUCUAGAUAUACAAGAAGGUGAAAAAUUCAAACUAUUCAGUGGAGAUUCUGAAGGUUCAAUGCUAACUUUCAAAGUAGCUGAUGGGCAAGAAUACAGUAGUAUUUUCGAGCUAGAAACUAAGAAAUCCUCAAUUCACAGAAUUGGAAUAAUCCAAGUCCUUCUAGUUCCUCAAGAGAAUUUUGUAUUUACCAUAAGCUUUGAUCAAUAUUUGAAGGCUUUUGAUACUCAAUUUUCGAAUGAAUUUUUCUCCCUUAAAAACCCUAAUAAAGUAAUUUAUACCUCUAUUUAUUGGGACGAUCAGGUCCUAUACAUCUCAGAUGAGCUUGGCUAUGUUGGAGUGCUCAACGUGUACAUGGAUAAACCAUUCAUCUGGAAAAGACUUGUCACUGAGCCAAUCAAGAAAAUAGAAAUUGUUUCUGAUCCCAGACAUUUGAUUCUUCUAACAGAUUACGAAAUUCGAGCUUAUAAAAUUAGGAAGGGAGAAAAAUCUCAUGACAUGUCAGGUCAUAAGGAUUCUAUUUUAAAAAUCAUCACUCUUGAGCCAGAAGGGCUCGGGAUGAGCAAUGUAGAAGACCACCCUAAGAUUCUUACAUGUUCCUUAGACAAUACAAUUAAGUUCUGGGAUGCUAAGGACAUGAGUAUCACUAUGUCUCUUGAUAGUCCUGAGAAAUCAGAAAUCAGCUGUAUGACAUAUCUUAUGAAUUGCGGAUUAGUCGCUACAGGACAUGAGGAUGGCCAGAUCAGACUCUGGAACCUUGUUUCUAAUAGUUGUUUACCAAUAUUAGAAUCGAGCUCCAAAAAUAGUUACAUUGGUGACACAGUGUCAUGUUGCCAGGGCAUUAUAUACCAAGAAGCAGAGUUCCUCGUAUGAGGAAGCUACGACGGUAAUGUUUCCAUUUGGGAAAUUUCAAAGAAAUCUUCCAGUCAAACUUCAAUGAGUGUAUCAAUAUUCCCUCAGCUAAGAACAGUGAUUUAUAACUAUGUUCCUAAUAAAUCAGAUAUACUUGGAAAUGAGAUCCAUUGAUUAUUGUUCAAAGAAGUAAGAGAAGAAGAUUUGCUUAAGUAUGAUACUCCAGGCAUGGAUGAUGACCUCUCUAAAGGCAACCUCCUCAAAAAGCCCGAUGGACUCAUCUUUGUAGGUGGCAAUCCUGUCGAUGUUAAUGUCUGGUCUAUCAAGUCUGGUGAGAAACUCGCCACACUUGAAGGCAUGCAUUCAGAUUCUGUCACUUGCAUGGCUAUCGAAGAAGGAUUCUUGUUUACUGGCUCUGACGACACAUCCAUAGUCAUGUGGAACUUGUCGACAUGCCAACAUGUGGGUGUGCUUAAUGGCCACAAAACAUCAGUGCAAGACCUGCUGUUCUUUGAUAAUGGACUGUUGUUCAGCUGAGCCUACGACAAGAAAAUACAUGUCUGGAAAUACCAUGCUGCAGAAAUCAUUGAGACUCUCGAAAGAAACGAAGAAAUCAGAUGACUCGACUACAUUAAAAGCUACGGAAUACUACUGGCAGGAACCAAUGACAAAGACAUACUGACAUUCGAUGUGAAACACUUGCUUGAGGAAAAGCCUUUCAACUUGGAUUCAUCAAGCAUGGGGAUGCCAGACUUCAUCUACGAAGAAGAAAAGCAGUACCCUGGAGAAGCCAAAGACUAUUCUUACAGCGAGAUCUCGGACUACAAGUCUUACCAUGAAGACGGCAAGGCAGGCGACGAGGAAGAGAAGGAACCAGAGCCUAAAGAUGCUGGAGAGAAAGACCCUAACGACACAGACUUCCUUGACAAACAAGAGCAAGAAGACGACGAGCAGCUUAAAAUUAUUUUGUAA